AUGCAGGCGUCGUUUUCGUCCAGACAAUCCAACUUUCCCUCCUUCCACUCUCUUGCACUGGUGCACGACCUUCACGAACUCAUGUCUUUUCCACAACCAAAGUUCUCUACUCCGUCUUCUACGUUUUCCUCGCCCAGGACUGCACCUCGUCCUAAAGUGAUCCCUCUGUACAAGACUCCUAUUCCCCGGCGUGCAACACGGCCGCUUCCCAUCCACCGUACUCUUCCUGAGAGGGCUCUGUACCAUCCUUACGCUCACGCUAGACGUGAAAGACCCCACCCGAUCAUCAUAGAACCAUCUGCGACUUCGUCCAACUCUACCACCCCCGAGGUGCCCGGUUCACCCUUGACGCCAAUUGACCAACAUUCGGCACCAUUACGAGCAAACGUUGUUCUUACUCCUCCACCUCGUGAAGGGGAGUUGAGGGUCAACAAUGUUGGCUGGCACAGGACUCAGCAGGAAGCUUGGCGGAAAAUUGCAAAGAAUGCUAUCAUCAAACAUAAGCUCGAUGUCAAGAAAUGUUUGAGUGAGCAGGUACCUUCUGCUCGUGAGCAAGCUGUGAAAGAGGUACCUUAUCUAGCGAUUUUAUGCAUACCUCCUCCUGUUAAUAGACCUUAUUCGUCCCAGAUCGAAGAUGCUGUGCCAUCACUCAAAAACCAACAGGACCACUGGGGCCCAGUACUUCUUCUCAGGGAAACUCUCAAGAAUCAGAAGGACACGCGGGUUAAGGCUGAAAAGCGUUCCAAGGGCAAGGAACCGGAGACCGUUUGA